AUGGCCCAACACUGGAAAAAAUCAUCUAUUCCUUAUUUUGUCAUUGUCCAGGAUCAAUCUGAAGUCAAUCAACAAAGUUUUACAAACGCUAGAAGAAAUUCAUCACUUUUACAAAACAAUUCAGAUUCUCAUAUAAAUGCAAGUAAUUCAUCAUCAUCUGGUAAUGUUUUAUCAUCUUCUAAAAACUAUUAUCCAGAAAUAAAAUAUGUGUUCCAAGAUGACCCUGAAUAUUAUGAUUUAGAGAAUGUUAUUGAGGAGAAUGAAGAGGCAAUUGUACUUGAACUAGAUUCAAAAGGUGAACAAGUUGAAAGUUUUAAAUCAUUAACUCCUGAUUUACAAAUAACUGAUGUUUCACUUAAAGAUAGAGAUAUGACUAAAACAAUCUCUAUAAAUACAACAAGGUCUGAAUUGAAAAAAUUUGAUAUCUUAAAACCUGAUAAAAAUUUAAACUACAUUAAACAAUUGGUUGAUCUUUACAGAGUUAGAAGUCAACAAUUAGAAUCACUUUUAUGA